GGCGACCACCCAACAAUCUUUAAUUAAUUUCAAUUUUUCAAAACUUAUAAAAUGUCAGAAGGAUGGUCACUAACAGAAUCAGAUCCAGCAAUCUUUACUGCUUUGUUAAGUGAAUUAGGUGUUAAAGGUUUGCAAGUUGAAGAACUUUGGAGUUUAGAUAAAGAAUCUUUAGAUAAAUUAGAACCGGUGUAUGCGCUUAUUUUUCUAUUCAAGUAUUUAGAAUCACAUAGUAAAGAUCCUUCCAAACAAGCCGGAAAACAAGAAGUUCCACCUGAAGGUACUUGGUUCGCUCAACAGGUAAUCACCAAUGCAUGCGCUACCUUGGCCAUCUUAAAUGCAGUGAUGAAUGUACCAACAACAGAUGUGAAUCCUAAUAUUCCAAAAGGAGUGUUUUGUCCACCGGUAGAGUUGGGCCAAGAACUGGGUCAAUUGAAAUCCUUCUCUGCUGAACUCGAUCCUCAGACAAGGGGCGAGGUUUUGACAAAUUCUGAAAAACUGAGGACAGUUCAUAACUCGUUCUCGCGUCCAAAUCCAUUUCAUUCUGAUGAGCCACAAUCUUUAACGUCAGAAGAUGCCUAUCAUUUCAUCACUUAUAUUCCUGUUCAAGGGAAAUUGUAUGAACUCGAUGGACUCAAAGCUUUACCCGUUUCACAUGGUGAUAUACCGGUGGG